AGAGAGUGCGCUCGUCAUCAGGAAGGACAGAGAGGGAAUUCACUCUGCUGAAGCAAACGCUUCUGGCGCUGUUCCGCAGUAACCGCACCAACAGAGCUGAGAGUCCCCCGGCCGCCAUAAAUACUACAAUUACUGCGAUACAAAGGAAAACGCGGCAUAGCUAAAGCUGACUGCGAUAGUCUACACGCUAGCGGAAUGAGUGACGAAUGAGUUCAGCAUGUCUUUCAAGAAGGAAACGCCCCUGGCCAACGCUGUGUUUUGGGCAGCGAGAAAGGGCAACCUAGCGCUUCUUCAGCUGCUGCUCAACAGUGGCCGCGUGGACGUGGAUUGCAAAGACAGUUAUGGGACCUCAGCGCUCAUGGUGGCAUCCUACAGUGGUCAUUAUGACUGCGCAAGGGAACUCAUCCUGCAAGGUGCAGACAUCAACCUGCAGAGAGAGACAGGUUCUACUGCUCUGUUCUUUGCAUCACAACAGGGACAUGAUGAUAUCGUCAGGCUCCUCUUUGAAUAUGGAGCUUCUACCGAGUUCAAGACCAAGGAUGGGGGCACGGCCCUUUCUGCUGCCUGUCAGCGCGGUCAUUCCAAAGUGGUCGAGACCCUGCUCAAGAAUGGAGCCAAUAUCCAUGACCAGCUUAGUGACGGUGCCACGCCCCUGUUCUUGGCCUCUCAGGAAGGUCAUGUGACUGUCAUUCGUCAGCUGUUGGCAUCCGGAGCCAAAGUGAACCAGCCUCGUGAGGAUGCUGCUGCCCCUCUGUGGAUGGCAGCCCAGAUGGGACACAGUGAAGUUGUAAAAGUUCUACUACUCCGCGGCGCAGAUCGAGAUGCUGACAGAAAAGACGGAUCCACUGCCCUUUUCAAAGCAGCUCACAAAGGCCACUGGCAGGUCGCUGAGGAACUCCUCAAGUUCAGCCCCUGUCUUGGCCUUCUGAAGAAUGGGUCUACAGCUCUACAUGCUGCAGUCCUGAGUGGGAGUGUGAAAACUGUGACACUUCUGCUGCGAGCAAAUGCUGACGCUACUUUACCAAACAAGAAUAAUGACCUACCGGCAGAUCUUACAACGAAUGAGCGCAUCCUGAGGAUUUUACGUCCGCAGAUCUUAAAUGGAAGAAGUUGAUGACUGCCAUCCCCAGCACUAUUAGAGAAAUGCACUAUACCCUGCCAAGAGACGCCACAAACAAAGCAUACGUUGGUAAUGGUCCCUGCUUGCGUUUGUAACUGAAUUAUUUAGAAUACAUGAGAUUAAUAAACGCACAAAAAAAAGCUAAAUGAUUCUUUGUCCUGGGAAUGUAUGGUUCAGUACAAACUUUAAAUAUAUUAAAUUUGGCUUUAACCAACAAAUAUCACAACUGUAUCAUCUGUGAUCCCUUUGACGAAAAAACGCUCACAACGUGCUUGUGUGGGAAAUGUUGUGAUUGUGUUGGAAAUGAUUCUUGUGUACACUGCCUGCACAGCAUGUGUAGAAAUAUACAAUCCAAUCUUCUCAUCUAGGCAGGAAGAGUAGCCUAUUUCCACGAACCCCUGAUCGUUUGCUAAAGUUUGUUAACGGCAUUCCUCAUGACAAAGAACCCGUGCACAGCCAUAGCCUGACCCUGAGGAAACUUUAAAAACCUUAUGAGCUUAAAUGCGUCUGUGGAAAGUUUACUGUUACUUUAAAGUUUACUUUUGAAAUACAAUUCAGUCAUUAAAAAUUUUCUUUCAUUAUUUAACUACUGGGUGCUUUAAAGUUUUGAAAUAUAUUUGCAAAAUGUGUUUAAAUGUUUCUGUGGGGUGUUUGUUUCUAAAGGGUGUUAAACUGUGUAUUUGUGAAAGGAAUGAAUGAUGUAUUGUAACCUAAUAAAAAA